UUCAUGCCUGGCUUUGGUUUAUCACCGACUUGGCAAACUUCCCACCACUCCUUCUCCCCCUUCAUACAAACCCCAACCCCAUCUUUAAAUACGCACAAAACCCCAGACCUCAUAUCCCAUUAUCUUUUUCAAGCCACCAUGGAUGUUUGGUCGUGGAUAUGCGGUCUCCCCAACCCGGACGAGUGGUCCGAGUCCCACCCCUCCCUCGUUCGCGAACUCGCCACUGCUAGCCCCAGUCCAGACAGCCCAGCACAGUCCAUUCAACUCAGAGCCGAGCGAACCGCGGGGUCCGACUCAGACGCGUUGAUCACCUUCUCCGUAUGCGUCCAAGGCUUCCAUUUCCACCCCUCCAAUGAUCCGAAGACGCUCUGGGUUUCCGACGCGUGUCCCCUUUCUUCGGAGAAGCCUUUCCUUCCCCUCCUGCUGCAGCUUCUUCAAGAAGUCAUAUCCCGCGCACCCCUCGCGCCCGUCGGCACCUGCCUCCGUCCGCAGCCCCCAAAGCUCCGACCCGACCCGGUUUCGCGGAUUAUGGACUCCCACUCGCCCGAAUCAUUCUCCGGGUUCUUUGACCUAGUCUUGCUCACGCGCCUCUUCUGGCUGUGCGCGUGCGACGCGCCCAGUGAAGUCGGCUCGCUCUACUUCCAUCAGGUCCUGGCUCCGAAACUGGAAGCUUUGUCGUGCGAGCACGCGCCGGUUCUGCGAGCGCUCCUGAUUUCGGUUGGAGCGGACGCCGAGCUGUGCUUCACGCGCGCCGUUAGUUACAUGUUAGCAAAGUGGCUUAUUUUAAGAGAGGUGGGCGCAGGAUUACUAUCCUUAGCCCCGGUUCCUUCGCACAGCCUUGGGCUCUCAUACGCUAACGAGUCCCACGGGUUCUGGGUGUUGAAAGGUUUCGCGCCUGUGUUGUCGAUGAGGCGCACGUGCUCUAGCGAGGAGAAAAAGUACCCCACUGUUGUCGAUGCAAAGGAGUCCGUGCUAAGAUACGCCCUGGCGCACCAGCAGCUUGAGGCUGUGAUUCAGCUGGAAUAUUCAGUUGGAUUCUGUGACAGGUACAUUCAGGUGAGCGUACGUGUCAACAACAUACGCCUCCACGUGGCAAAACUCGGGUUCGACAGAAAUGGUAACGACGAGGAGUAUGGAGAGGAGAGACAUUUUCCAUCUAGGAUUCAUAUUAGUGUCGGACCGGAAGUAGGCUCGACCUAUGUAACCAAUUUGAGCUUGGCCCGGUCCACCGAUAAUAUGGAGCGAGAAGUAGAAAUAGAAAAAAUAUUGAAGGGAAGUUUCGAGAAAUCGAAGCUCCCCACUAGAGUGAGGGUCAAGGGAAGGACGACAACGAAAACGCGAUUGAAGAGUUGGCGGUGGAAUCAAGAUGUGGAGGGAAACACCGUCAAAUUUGAUGCAAUUUUAUAUGAUAAUACAAAUGGUUUCGAGAUAGCAACAUGGAAAGCAUCGAACGAAGGCAGUGGGAAACCAUAUGGAAUUCAAAAUCAGUACGUGGGAGCGAGUGGUUUGUUUACGAAAACUGGCGGUUUGAUUUUUGCUGGAGAUGAGUGUGGAGAAGGGGUGGUGUGGAGGCUGGGCAAGGAAAUGGAAGGGAGCGUCCUGAAGUGGAGACUAGGGGGGAAGAUUUGGUUAACUUACUUACCUAAAAAUGUGAAGAGCUCAUAUCAUGAGACUAGGUGUGUGGAAUGGUGGGAUGAAGUGGAUUUGCCUUUGAUUUCCUAGCUAGUAGAUACAAGUGUGGAAAGAGGGUCAACAUGUAGGCCAGUUUUCCGUUUUACUAUAGAUGUAAGGAUGUAUGUAUAUUUUUAUUUGGUUUUGUAAGUAGUUUUAAUAAAAUUAUAAUAGUUCGUUUGAAGAUAAAAA